UACACUUCUUUAGCUGCAAAAACCAAAAUAUUUUUUCAUAGAAUCCGAUUUUCCUUUAAAACUUAAUGCAUCCAUCUCUUCUUCUGUUACAAAGACAUGAUGGGUAAUAAGAGAAGUGGAGGAGAAAUGGAAGACAUCAGCAUAGGAGAGGUCGAUCCUCGCCCUGUGGUUCAGAAACAGGAAACAUCAAUGAGUAGCCGAAGUCGGGUUUACAAGUGCAAAACAUGUAAUAGACAAUUUCCGUCAUUUCAAGCACUUGGAGGACACCGAGCCAGUCACAAGAAACCUAGAUUAGUAAACCAAAUAUCAUCAGACAGUCCUAGUAGCCAACAGCAAAUGAGAAAACCAAAGACUCAUGCAUGUUCAAUUUGCGGUCUAGAGUUUGCCGUCGGACAGGCUUUAGGUGGUCAUAUGAGAAAGCAUAGAGCUACCCUGAUAGAUACUUCUCCAACAACAGAAGCAGCCGCAGCGACAACAACAGAAUUGUCAUCUUCUUCAUCUGAUAUUACUAAUAGUACUACUCAUGAAAAGCAGCCACUAAUACCCGAAGUAAGAAAAUCAAAUAAUAGGAUAUUGAGUUUGGAUUUGGAUUUGAACUUAUCCACUUUUCCUACAACUACUAUGUGUAGUAAUGAUUUUGAAUUCUCCACUCUUGUAGCACCACACAAACAAACUUCUGUACCACCUAUGAUUUAUAGUUUUAUUUGAUUGUACAUAUACUAUGAUCGAAACCUAGAUAUUACAUAGUCAUCAAUUUUUAUGUCAAUGUUGAUGCAGCGACUAUUUUGUUUACCA